AUGACAGACACAGAUGUUAAGAAACCAAAAAAGGAAGGGCCUCUUUACAAGUUCCCUAUUGAAGGUCCACGUAAAAUUAUUGUUGUCAGACAUGGAGAGAGAGUUGAUUUCACCUUUGGUGAUUGGAUUCGCUUUUGCUUCAAUGAAGCAGGGACAUAUCAGCGACGAGACCUUAACAUGCCAGAGACACUACCUCAGAGGAAAGGAGCACCGCACAGUUUUUAUAAAGACUGUCCUCUUACAAAUAUUGGUUUAUUGCAAGCAUCACUCGUAGGUCAAGCUAUGAAGGCAAAUGGGACAGAGGUGCAUCAUGUUUUCUGUUCCCCAUCUUUGCGUUGUGUUCAAACUUGUACCAAUAUACUUAAGGGUAUGGGCAUUGCUGAGCACUUGCCACUCAAUAUUGAACCAGGGCUUUUUGAGUGGCUAGCUUGGUACCAUGAUGGAAUGCCUCUAUGGAUGACUCUUGAUGAGCUGAUUGAUGCAGGAUUUAAUAUAAACCAUAAUUAUGACCCUCUGAUCCGAAAAGAGGAACUGAAGGACACUCACGAGAGUUGUGAGCAGUAUUAUGGAAGAAAUGCCUACGUUACACAGAGUAUUAUUAAUACAACACAGUCACAAGGUGGUACAGUACUACUAGUAGGACAUGCUGCUACUUUAGAUACCUGUACAAGACAGUUAAUUGGAGGAGCACCAAGAUCAGCACAUGAGAUGACUACCAUCAUCAAGAAGAUCCCGUAUUGCUCCACAAGUGCCGUAUUGGAAUGGCCCUCAGGUCACUGGUCUCUUGUACAGCCAGUCCUGCCUGUCUCCAAUACUGGACAAGCUCAUUAUGACUGGAGGAUCCUCUUGAUCCCCUACUGCUCAUUUGCUUUUGCUGCUCAGGACACUAAGGGCAGCUGGUCCUUGGAGGAGCCACCAAUCCCACCUGCUACCCACUCAGCUAAUAUGCGAUAUGAUUGGAGGAUCCUCGUUUCAUAGCUGUCUCCGUCCCUACCUCCCCAGUGUAUAGUGUGAUGUGACAAGUAAUAGACCUUUGUCUCUGUGUUUUGGGGAUUCAUGUGCUGUUGGGUGCAUGGAAUACAGUUCUGUAGAUAUAUGAAGAUGGAAUUACCAUAAUUGUAAAUUUAAAAUGUUGAUAUGGCUUAAGAUUGCUUAAAGUAUCAUAUGAUAAGUAUAGGAAAGUAUUCAUCACAAUUUAGAAUGGAAAUAUUCCAUGUAUGUAGGCCUCUGGUAGCAGAUAAUAAUAGACAACAUUUGUCAAGUAAUAUAUUUUGGACUUGAUGAUAUGUGAUGACAUUUGUAUAACAAACCAUUAAAGAAAAAGAAGAAAUGUGUAAAUUGCCAUCCAAAGACCAAGUUACUAGUUCUAUACUUAGGUAUUAUUAGAAUACAUUUUGUAAUAUAAGUACAGCAUCUUGACUGAUAUGGUUCUUGUUUACAGCUAUUUUCUUUAUUAGAAGAAUGUAUUUUAUAGAUAUUUGCACUCAGAAAUGGUUAUAGAUCGUGAAAUUCCAUUUUAUGACUGAGACCAGACUGGGGGAUCUCUUAUUAACCCAGCCAUGUUUGUGGGGUCACAAUUCAGACACCCUUACAACAAUAGCAGUGAUGAAUUAAUAAGAAUUUUAGCCUUACUCACUGCCUAUAACCAGAACCCAAGGGGGUGUUUUAGAGAUAGGAGUCAAAGUUGAGUUACACCUAUCAGCCGCAUUAUAGACGACUUGUCAAAAACACUUUGGAAAACUGUUUCACUUUCAGGAAAUCUUAGUGACUGUGUGGCCUAGACUGUAAGUAACUCUUGACAAAUGCUAAGGUAAGAAAUGACACAUAUAUUCCUUGUUGAAGCUGGUUGAUCCACUGCUCAUAAUUCUUUGCAGGAUUGUUGCAGGGAUGCACACUGCUUACCAUAUAUGGUAAUAGGAGGAGAGAGUGGUUCAUAUAUUCUAAUUAAUCCCCAACUGAUCUUGUUGGGGCUGAUCUUGACUCUAACCCCCACACCUUAGUUGGCUGAGUAACUCUGGCUCCCGAAGACAGCUGUUAUAGUUAUAAAACAUCUCGACAAAACAGCCAUAGGUAAUUAACAUUAUUUUAUAUUUAUGUCGAGGGUGACCCAGUAUCAAAACAUCAGAAUUCUAACUUUGACUCUGCAGGGUUAAAUAUAAAUGUUGUGCUUCUGUAUUCACUUACAUUUUGAAAAUGUAUUAUUUUUAAUGAACAAGCAAGUUGAAUUCAAUUUCCUAAUAGAUAAGAUGCCUUUUUGUGGGAGUGAUUCUUUCUCACUGAUGCCAAAUUCACAAUGCAAUUACUUGUUAUCUGGGAUGUAAACUCUGUAAUCCCACUAUCCUUCAGAGUAUAAUCUUCAUAUUUUUUCGCUAUGUCUUUGCUUCCCUUUGAUUUUAUCUUACUCUGCCUUUUCUUGUUUCAUUUCUUCAAAUAUCUCCUUUAUUUUCAUCAGAGAAGAAGCCCUGUAUUUUUCACACAUUUCCUAUAUCAUAGUGUAAGGUUGGGCAAUUUCUUUACUAAUUAAACACCCAAACCAAUAUCCAGAAUUUCUCUCGUAAAUGUUUCGAGCUGUGUUGGUGGGUCUCCAUACCUGAAGGUCAGCAGCUGAAAUGUUCGAACAAGAUCCAACAUGCAUCACUCUGCUCUGACUACUAUAGGUGACAUAGUUAUAAGUUAUGCACCAUGUCCGUGUGAGUUGUCUGGGGAUGAAAGUCAUGUGGGGUAAAUCUCACAAUGCCACAAGGGGGGGGGGGGGGUUGUCCAGGGGGUAUCCAGGGGGUAAAAGUCACUGGGAAUAAUUGUCACAGGGGGUGGAGUUGCCAAGGGGGUAAAGGUCACUGUGUAGUUGUCUGUUGGGAGAAAGGGAGUUAACCUAAUAUUAGAUUAUCUUAUAACGUUGUAGCUAAAGAAAAAUACAGUAAUAGUGAUAAAUAACAGCACAGAAGUUUGUGAGUUACAGCCAUUAAAUUGCACAGAGACAGCGGCAGCCAGGUCAGCUGGUUGUACAGUGUGCAGUAAUUUUGUAUUGAUAUUAUGUAUAAGGUGUACAGUAUUAAUUUGUUAAUGAAGAAAAACAUAAG